UCCUUCAUACUCAUAUCAUUUGUUGUUUUUCAAGACCUUUGACCAUAAAAAUUUCCCAAGUUUUCUUUGUUUCAAGUUCAACCCUUUUCACAACUUAUCCUACUUACAUCUCAAACUAUAUAUCUUGAACAAGAAAGAGUAGUCUAAACUUGGUUGUUAGCAUGUGUACUAUGGAAUCAAUUUCUGUACCUAGUGCUGAAAACAAGUCUGUUUUCUCAAGAUUAAGGAAGAGGUUUUCACUCAAAAAGGCAACGACAACAACAACAACUAUUACUACUGAUCGGCUUUCGAUGAGUAGUAGUAGCAGAAGCAAUAAUAGUGGCGAGUUAGAGAGGGUAUUUACGUACUUUGACGAGAACGGAGACGGCAAGGUUUCACCCGUUGAGCUAAGGAGGUGUAUGAAGGCGGUAGGAGGCGAACUGACGGUGGAGGAGGCGGAAAUGGCGGUGAGGUUAUCGGAUUCCGACGGGGAUGGAUUGUUGGGGUUGGAGGAUUUUACAAAGCUAAUGGAAGGAAUGGAAGAGGAGAGGAAUAAAGAGAGUGAGUUGAUAGGAGCAUUUGGAAUGUAUGAAAUGGAAGGGAGUGGCUACAUUACUCCUACGAGCUUGAAGCGGAUGUUGAGUCGACUCGGUGAGUCAACCUCCAUUGACAACUGUAAGGUUAUGAUUCAGAGGUUUGAUAUCAAUGGAGAUGGAGUUCUCAGCUUUGAUGAGUUCAAAGCUAUGAUGACAACUUAACAAGAAUUUAAAAUACACAAAUAUACUUUUUGUAUAUGUUCAUAAUUCUUUGGCCUUGUUUCUUAAUUAAUAGAAGGAUAAAAUGAUUCUUGAGCUCAAAAUAUAAUUCUGAUGAAUGGUUUUCCGUUG